AGCCCUGGGGCUGAGCUCAGAGGGCAUCAGGAGGCCCAGGGAGAGACAGAGAGACUUGGGGAGCCGAGAGAGGCCUAAGAAGGGACCCAGGAACAGGGGCAGGCGCAGGCUGACAGACGGGGUGGCUCCAGGCUGGGCCCACGGUCCCGGCUGACCUCAUGGGGUCCCUUUGGCCCGGCCUCCGCUGUGCCCUCUUCCUCCUCCUGCUAUCAACCCCCAAGGCCCCAGCCCAGGCCCAGGGCUUCCCAGAUGCUGUGCUGAGCCCCCCAGGAGGCCCAGAGGCCCGAGGCCUGCCUGACUCUGUGGCUGCUCCAGGACACAGUCCAGGGGGCAACAGGGAAGAAGAAGACACCUCAGCUGAGUCUGGCCUCUGGGGCUUCAGCCAUCAGGAAGAGGAGGAGGAGGAGGAAGACAUCGGCCCUGAGGACAGGUCUGUGGAACAUGGGCACUGGGGGGGAGAAGAAGAGGAGGAAGAUGGUUCCCAGGAGCAGGAGCAGAGGGCCAGAGGCCAGGAUGAAGAAGAGGAGGAGGAAGAUGACAAUCAGAGUGCCUCCGAGGAGCACUGGGGCAGCCACAAGCCCCGAGCCCAGGAGGAGGAGGAGGAUGACAAUCAGAGUGCCUCCGAGGAGCACUGGGGCAGCCACAAGCCCCGAGCCCAGGAGGAGGAGGAGGAGGCCAUCUCUCCAGAGCACAGCCCUGAGGAAUAUGGCCACCCAGGGCAGGAGGAGGAUGAAGGCCCAGCAGCAGAGCUGGGGGUCUGGGGGAGCCCCAGGGGCGAUUCCAUAGACCAGGACCUUGGCCCACUGCUUCCAGGUCAGGAGGAAGAGGAGGAAGAGGAGGAGGAAGAGGAGGAGGAAGGGGAAGACUCAGAAGCCCAGCACAGCCACUGGGGAGGCCUUGGAGGCAGCGAUGGGCCUCUAGACCAGGAGGAAGAGGAUGCGGAAGAUGAAGUCAUCCCAGCUGAAGCUCCUCGAUGGGGGAGGCCCCGGAGUCCCGGGGAAUCCGAAGAGGAGGAGUCUGCCGAGGGGGACCACAGGCUGGAGAGCCGCAGUGUCUCUGCUGCCCAUGAGCAUGGGCCUCCAAGCCCAGAGGAGGGGGAGGAGGAGGAGGAGGAGGAAGAUGUGGGCAUGGAGGAGGGAGAGGCCUGGGGGGGUCUGAGGCUCCCAGCCCAGCAGCAGCAGGAGGAGGAGAAAGAGGAGGAAGAGGAGGAGGAGGGAGGCCACAAGAGAAGCCAGGAGGAGGCUGAGCAGGAGGAAGUCUCCAUGGAGCAAGAGGCCUUGAGCUCUGAGGUCCCUGGAGAGGACCAAGAAGCAGAGGCAGCCGAGGUAGAAGCCAGAGAGAGCUUUGAGAAGGUGGCCAGCAGGGCGCCUGGAGAAGAGAGCCUGGAAGAUCGAAGCGAGGAAGAGGAGGAGGAGGAGGAGAGAGCCAGAGGCCAGGACCGGGAUGAGGGCGAGGCAGAGGAGUAUCAGCCAGGCUCCCUGUGCCACUACUGUGACUUCUGCAAGAGAUGUACUGAGUGUGAGUCCUGCCGAUGCGACGAAGAGAACAUGGGCGAGCACUGCGACCACUGCAAGCACUGCCAGUUCUGCUAUCUCUGCCCUCUGCUCUGCGAGACCGUCUGUGCCCCAGGAGGCUAUGUGGACCACUUCUCAUCCAACCUGUUUCAGGCUUUGGCGGAGAUGGUGGAAACCCCGGAGUCGUGAUGAACUUCAGGACAAAUAGCCCCACCCCCACUCCCGGCUCCGCCCACUUAUUUAUUUCGAAUAAACCCGAUCCUCGCAGGGACCCGCGAGGGAUUUCUGGGAUUCUGGGCUGGAAGGACCAUCUGGGUAACCCUCGCCCCAGAGGGCUAGGCUGAACCGUGAGAGGAAGGGGCGAACCCAGGGGUCCCUAGGAAAUAAAUGAGAGGAGGCGGA